AUGAAGCAACCCAAAUCAACAGAUUCAAUAUAUAGAUUAUUGCCUAAUGAAUAUAUUCGAUUUGAAUAUACUUAUAAAUUAGGUUGUUGUUGUUUUAGUUCCAAAAUAACAACUAUAACUAAUAUGCGUUUAAUUACACGUAUUAUUGAAACACCAACAAUAUUUUCAAGAAAAACAUCAACUGGAAAAGAAAAAAUUAAAGUGAUAUAUCUUACAAACAUUAGUAAUAUCAAACAAAUACAAUCGGCAAUAUCACCAAGUCGAAGUAAAUGGUUGAUCAAAUGUAUUAAGAUAUUGACAUGUACAUGUUCAAAUGAAGAUACUGAAUGGUUAGAUUUAUGCUAUGGUAUACAAAAUUUAGCAAUGGAAACAACCGAAUCUAUGGUGGAAACAAAUGAUAUUCGAAGAACAUCAUUAGUUGAAAGAUUCUAA